AUGGCCACGUCAAGCUUCAUGGCCACCGAGAUGGUACCUCGAUUUCUGCUGCCUCGGCUUAGCUGGAAAUCGCCGCUCAUUGCCUCCCGCGCAACUCGGCCCUUUGCCGCUCUCCAAGCGGCCGGCAACACUCGGCGAUGGAAGAGCUCGCAGACAAGCCUCAACGGCCAAUCGUCGUCCCGAUGCGCAUCGCCGGUCAAGCACAGCCCGGCCCUGGCUCGUCUGUUCCACGCGACCGCCUCGAGGCGGCGGGACCACUACUUCGACACACUCAAAUUCGUGGAGCGCUUGCGCGGAGAGGGUUUCACGGAGCAGCAAGCCGUCGCCAUGAUGAAGAUUUUGAACGAUGUCAUUGAAGAAAGCAUCCAGAACCUGACCCGCACAAUGGUCCUGCACGAGGACGCCGCCAAGGUGACGUACACGCAGAAAGUAGACUUUGCCAAGCUCCGGUCCGAGCUGCUCUCGGCAGACAGCACUGAGACGAACACGACGCGAAGCGCUCAUGAGCGUCUCACCAACGACAUCGCGAAGCUGAGCAGUCGGCUGCGCGACGAGAUUUCGCGAACGCAGGCCAGCGUCCGGCUGGACUUGAACUUGGAGAAGGGCCGUAUCCGAGAGGAAGCCGUGGGCCAGGAGCUGAAGAUCAAGGAGACGGAGACCAAGAUUGAGCAAGAAGUGGCGGCAUUGAGGGAGAAGCUGGAGCAGGUCAAGUUUCAGACGCUGCAGUGGCUGAUGGGUGUCUGUACGGGUUUCGCGGCACUGAUGUUGGGUGCCUGGAGACUGCUCAUGUAG